CGGUCCCGUGCCAGUUCAGUUUCUCUUUUGUAUUGUAUCCUCUCCUCUCCCUUCAGCCGGCUAGGGCGUCGUGAUGACAUUUGACCAAGGGAUAGUACACACAAGCCAGGCUUUCAGGCUGAAACGGUCAGCGAUCUUAUGUGAUUAACGUCGAGAAGGCAACAACAGGCGAAUGAAGAGAUCGGAGCUACAUGGAUGUACCGGAUUCCCACUGAGGAUCAGUCGCCGCACCGUCGCGGCAUCAACAUGGCUGAUCUCCGCGAAGGCCUGUUGAGACUGCAAGUCGAGUCGCAUGGCGCCCGCGAACGCAAAUCCUUCUACCCACCCCACCAUGUGAGGGCGUUCCUUACCCUUGACCGAAUCCGCACGCACAUUACCACGUCGAUCCCGUCGCUGUCAGGCGGGACGCUUGACGUCCGCCGUUUCUCGUCGCUGAUUCGCGACUCUUCCUUGCUCAUCUACGCAGUCCUGUUAUUGAUCGGGCAUGAAAAGUAUAUUGCGGAGUUUCUGUAUCGCCGAGAAACGGAUUCGCGGCUACCAUAUACAGUUGAAGGGUUGUAUUUCUUGCCUGACGUAGUGGCGCGGGAAUUUGUCGCUCGGCAGUGGGAGGUGCGGCCUGUUUGUUUGAACAAGGGGGAGAUCCAUAGGGAAAUUGGGCCCCGUGAGGUGCUGCCGUUGUUGGAUGACGUGGAGGCUGUUGAGGGUGGCUUUGGGAAGGUGUUCAAGGUUAAGCUGGAGCCGACCUGCCAGAAUCUUGUUGCCCACGGUGAGGUUUGUGUGCUCACCUCUCUCCCACCGAGUUCGGAGCAAAGGGGAGGUUGGAAGAUGUGGACUGAUAUGGACGCAGGAAACCAUUAUUGCUCGCAAGGAGAUCCAAGAGAAGCAGCACGGCGACACCGACGAGCGUUUUGUCCUCGAAGCGUUGGCGGCUUUGCAGCAUCCCAACUUGGUCCCUUUCCUGGGCUCCUACGCGCAGUACGGUGUGGAAAACUUUCUGUUCACUUACGUGCCGAUGAAUCUUGCUCAGCUUUUUCAGGAGGACCGUGAAUUGCCUGCUCACAGUAUCUACCUUGGAAUGUGCGGCAUCGCCGAUGCUCUAGCCCAGAUUCACCACUUCUCUGUCUCGGACGGGCGUGUUGAGUUCAACAGGAUUGGAUACCAUCAUGAUUUGAGACCUCCGAACAUCCUUGUGCAAGGGGAUGCUUUUCUCAUUGCUGACUUUGGACUUUCGCGGCUGAAGCGUGAUGAUCGAGACUCGAAAACGAGGCUGAGAGGCGGUCACGACGACUACCUGGGCCCAGAGGCUUUCGAUAUGGUUGACAUGACUAACGGUAGGGUUGGCCGCGCUCUAGAUAUAUGGAGCCUUGGGUGUAUUCUUGCGGAAGUGGCGACCUUCAUCGAAAGCAGGAGCGUCGCAAGAUUUCGUGAACUGCGGGAAGCAACCUAUGGCACUGAAUUCCGAAUUACUGAUUCUGCCUUCCACCUGGAUGGUAAGGUCAGACCUGCGGUCUUGACUUGGCUGGACGACCUUUUACAUGUAUCAUGCGAUAAAGAACUGCCGAAACUCCUCGGACUGAUAUAUCAGAUGCUCGAGCCGAACCCGUACCGUCGAAUACCUAUUGCGGUCGUUAGUAAAUCCCUCGCUUUGACGGCGAUCGAUUCGCAAGUACGAGCAAUUGACAAGGCGUAUUUGUCACUGAUGGAACCGAGAUUCCAUCGGAACAAUCUCGAUGGAUUUACAGCUCGCUUGUGCUUGGAGCACAAGAGAUUCAGGUCGUGGGAGCUUGCAUUCCGAAGCCAGCACGAGGACGAGCGGCUUGAACGUCGCAUGGCGCUAUUUUCCGGCCUCACAGAGAUGUUGAAUGUGUUGUCCUGCAAUAACCUCACCCACACUAACGACGACAGCCUAACGAAGAGUGAGGAAGCCAUCAUGAGCAGAAUAUGGGCCGCCUUCGAUUCUCUCUCCGCCUGCCUGUCCGGCGAAAAGCACCGGCAAAUGCUGGAAAACUGGACUCGAAUGGUUUGCGAGGAGAAGAAUCCCGGCCUGCUCGAAGCAAUUUACUCUGUCACGACAGUCAGUCGCUAUCGAGUUGUAGGUGCCAGUGUCGCCAUGAGAUACAUGUCUCGACUCCUAACAGACUCGAUUUCGCUCGGCAAGCGCACCCGCUACGUCGAAUCGGGCUGUAUUGAGAUUGACAGUGGAUGGCCUACAGACUUUGGGGGAUCCCAAGAGCGUCACCUGAUCAGGGACGAAAGCAAGGCGUUGGGCUACUUGCACGACGACGCCACAACCGCCACGAGAGUCAUGAUUGAAUGGCUUGAGUACGACACUCGAUGGCGGGAGAAGCACGGCGAGCAAUUGUUGGCCACCAUGGAAGCGCUGACGAAUCUGCUUGACCCCUACGUGACGCCCCGAGAAGGUGCUGUGGACACACGUGUUGUGUCCUGCUGCGGCUUUUUCCAUGAGCGGCACAACUUUCGUUUCGGCUUCCUCUACCCGCUCAAAGCCUUCACGACGAUAGCGGAUGCUAAGAUGUUCUCGCUAAACAAUGUCAUCAGGAUGACGGACCCCAACAAGUCGAUACUAGAAUUCCCGCUCCGUCCUGACUUGGGCUCCAUCUUCACCCUUGCAGCCGGUCUCGCCUCCUGCCUACACGCUCUUCAUAUUGCAGGCUGGCUGCACAAGAGCAUCUCAUCGCACAACCUGCUCGUAUUUGCACCAUCCCCGUCCCGAGUGCACGAACACGUCGCCUCUGCCGUCCUCGCUGGCUUCCACGACAGCCGACCCGAAGCAUCCAGCUACACCGUUGGUCCGCGCGAUGAGCUUAUACGCUACCGCCACCCAGCCUACAUUCGCGGCGAGCCUUUUCGCAAGUCAUUUGACUACUUUGGACUCGGGCUAGUGCUGUUGGAGCUGGGCCUGUGGCUGCCGGUAUCAGAGCUACGAGAGGACCACAAAGAGGUCGAAUCCGACGAGGAUUUCCGUUGCAAGCUGUUGCAAUCGUAUGUGCCACAGCUCAGCGAGAACGUGGGUUCUGUCUACCGCGAUGCGGUUUUGUUCUGUCUGGAUGCAGAACGGCUAAUGGCGGAUAACCUAAAGACGCUUGGAGAUGCGUUAGACGGACACGGACAGGACCUAUUCUGGAGCAGAGUCGUGGAGCCGUUGUCGCGUUGCUAUGCGUGAUUUCACACCAUACCACAUUCAGGCUUCGUUACAGAGAUAGCUUCCCUACCAAACGAAAGGAGCCGAAUCCUCCACAUGAAUAUGCAAUCAAUAAGCCCG